AUGCGCUCGGCGUCGGCGACGGCGAUGGCGCACGUCGAGCCCGCCGCCGCUGGCCACGGGUGGUGGCAGGGGUUUCUGCUCGCGCCGGUGAUGUACUCGGCAUGGGCGUCCCCGUUAGAGCUGGCCGUGGAGAGGGCCGCCACCUUGCCGCUCCUCGCCAUGGAUUUGGCCGUCGAUGUCAUCUUUGCCGUCGACAUCGCCGUCUCCUCCUUCGUCGCGUGCCUCCAUGGUUCGUCCGCCACCGACCUCUUCGUCGACGACCGCAAGAAGGUCGCCAUGGGGCACCUGACAGGGCGCCCGUGGUUGCUCGCGAUGGACGUGGCCUCGACGAUCCCGUUCCAGGUGAUCUACCACCUGGCAAGCGGCAGGAGCACCGCAUGGUUGUCGCCGUGCCGGUUCCUGAGCCUCCUCCGGCUGUGGCGGCUGCGGCGCGUCAGCGAGCUCUUCGCGAGGCUGGAGAAGGACGUUAGGAUCAACUACUUCUGGACCCGGCUCGUCAAGCUCGUCGGCGUGACGCUUUUCGCGGUGCACGCCGCGGCGUGCGUCCACCUGUGGAUGGCCUCCCACUACGGCGGGCCCAAGGAGCGCACGUGGCUCGGCCGCGGCUUCGAGUCCCGCAGCGUCUGGGCCGGGUACACCCGCGCGGUGUACUGGUCCGUCACCACGCUCACCACGGUCGGCUACGGCGACUUGCACCCCGCGAAUCCCAACGAAAUGGUGUUCGCCGUCUUCUACGUGCUCUUCAACAUGGGCCUCGUCUCGUACAUCGUCGGCAACAUGACCAACCUCGUCGUCCACGCCGCCACGGCCGCGCUCACGUUGCGGGACACGCUGCACGGACUCUCGACGUUCGGGACCGUGAACCGGCUGCCAGAGGCGCUGACGGAGCAGAUGGCGGCGAGCGUGCAGCUCAACUUCGACACGACGGAGCAGCUCCUCCAGCAGCAGCUGCUCUCCGAUCUUCCCAGGGCCGUGCGGUCGGGGAUCGCGCAGCACCUGUUCCGGGACACCGUCGAGGGAGCCUACCUGUUCCGUGGCGUCUCCAACGGCCUCGUCGCGGACCUCGUCUCCGACAUGACGGCGCAGUACUUCCCGCCCAACGCCGACAUCGUCCUGCAGAACGAGACCCCCACGGAGUGCUACGUCAUCGUGUCCGGCUCGGUGGACGUGCUGACGACCGCCGCCGACGGGACGGAGACUGUCGUCACGCGAGCGGGCCCGCGUGGCAUGGCCGGGGAGAUCGGGGUGAUGCUUAACAUCCCGCAGCCGUUCACCGUCCGAUGCAGGAGGCUCACCCAGGUCGUGCGCGUCAGCCACAGCCAUCUUCUGCGGGCAGUCCGGCCUCACACCGCCGACGGGGACAGGGUGUUCUGCAACUUCGUUCAGCACCUUGAAUCUCCCAUGUUGCAAGUUGCAAGGGAAGAAGCCCCAGCUCUCAAGGAGAUCUUGGAUCAGCUUCGGGCCGGUGCCACCGCCGCGUCGGUGUCGAGCCGGAGUACUGCCAAGUUUGACGUUGAGGGACUCCAAGAGGCUGAUCAGAGCCAGUGUCAGAGACUGCGGAGAGAGCCCAUGCGAGUGGUCAUCCAUCACCAGUUUGCGAAUGCGGCAGGGAAGCUCGUCUGCCUUCCUGGUUCAAUGCAAGGGCUGGUGACAAUCGCGGAGGCGAAGUUCGGGACGGCGGUGACGACGGUGCUCACCAUCGACGGCGCCGAAGUUGAGGACAUCAGGGCGCUAAGAGAUGGAGAUCACUUGUUCUUGUGUUAG